AUGCAUGUCCCUGUUACGCCAACACGACAACCCACGGUGGAAGACACAAUGGCUUUGCAGCCUGUGUUAUCCGAUUUUACACAUGCUUUCUUUUCGCUACUUGGAAGAACGCCUUCUGAAGAAAAUUCAAGAAAAGAUCGCAUCAGUCAGCUUCCAGAUGUUCUUUCUUCAGUUUUAUCAUAUUUGACCACGAAAGACGCUGUUAAAACAGGAGUCUUAUCAAGAGGAUGGCGGCAUCCAAGUUUGUGGCAGCUCCUUCCACCAGGGUCCGAGCUCAACUUUGAUUGUAAAUGGGCUUUUGCCGAGAUCAACCUAGAUUUUAACUGGGAUGUUAAGCUGGGUGUUCAGGAGCUGAGAAUUCUUGUUCAUGCUAUGGUACGUCAAACUGCAAACGACAUGAGUUUGAAGGGGUAUUCUAGAAAAUAUGAUUUACAUGUGUUUAAUAUCUAUCCCACUGGAUCAAAGUAUACUGCUAUUUAUUCUGUCAAGAAUUUGACUGCACGUUUUUGUGAAGGAUUGGAGGAGAUUGAGCUCUCUGCUACAUAUCUCACCACGCUUGAGGUUUUCAGUGAUGAAAAAAAUUUUAACAUUGUGUUCUCUAGUGUUCCCAAUCUGGGAAAUGUUUUCUGUGAGAAGCCUUGCAGUGGAAGCUUCCCAGUCGACUUAUGCAAUAAAAUUGCUACUGCUGUUCCUCAAAUCCAAUCUUUAAUAUAUGUCCUUUUCUAUUACACCGAUAUAGAAAUCCCAGAACGCCAUUUUACUGAGUUGAAAGAAGUUGAAAUUGGUGGAUUUCGAGGCACUGAAACUGAACUUGAGUUAGCUUUAUAUUUGCUGAGAAAUGCUGUUGCAAUUGAGCAGAUGGUUAUUAAAUCUUGUUUAAAGCGCUUUGUUGCGAUUGGGGAGAGCUCGCCGUAUCUGGAAUUACAGCCUUGGACUGCUUUGAACCAUAGAAAGAUCAUCGAAAAAUUGCAAGGAAAGGCAGCUUCCAAAGUGCACGACUGAUAACUUUGAAUCUACGUCCCAAGUAUUAAAUGGACUAUAUGUAAUAUAUUAUUGUUGGACUAUAUUUGAUUUUUGUGAUUGAAUAUUUGCCUCAUUUCUA